CUCCUCCUCAGCAGGAUGCAGGACUGACUGUGUGGUACUGAGCUCAGACUCCUCACCACAGUCUGGAUGACCAUCACCAGGACGCAGAGGAAUCUUUGUUUUGUGUGUGACUCGCCUCCUUCUAAUCCGUCACUCGUGCGUCUUGGUUUUCGUUUUGGCAGCAUGACGGAACUUGGACUUGUCUUUUGGGGGUAACAAUGGUCCGCUUCAAAUGUCCAUUUUUACCAAGCCGGAGCUGAGCUUUCAUUCCGAGUCCAAGUGGAUCCACACAGCGGGAUGGAUACAAAUGAGUGUGCGGUGAUGAAACUUUUUGUUGUGGGGUUUUUAGUCAAUGCAUGGAUGAUGGGAGGAUUAUCAGCUACUGAGAGUUCCAACAUAGAGCCCACUUCUGCCCGGCCGAGGAGACCCUGCAAUGAAUCCCGCUUGGAGUGGGAAGUCGAGGUCUGUGGGGAAGCGUUCAAGCGGGACAUGGCCCACAUAGACCCGCAGUAUUGGUGUAACCUCACACACUUCAUCAGUGAGUACCAUCUCUUUACGCACUGCACGGAGACCAAAUCCCACACUGUUCACUGCUACUGGCCCAAUCCGUUGGUAGAGGGCUACAUCAUCCGCAUACACAAGCACUUUUUCUCCAACUGCACCCUGGAUCAGGUGGUGUGGGUGGACCCUCCGGACAACACGCUAGCCAUCCUCAUCCUGAUUCCCGUUUUCCUCACUUUGGCCAUGAUCGCACUGGUGGUGUGGUGCAGCAAGAGGAGCGACAACCUGGCUUAGACGGAGAUGGAAAGACCAAACCAAGAUGGACGAUGCGUGUCUUCACCAAAACUGUACACAGCAAAAGGAGUUUCUUUGGAUUGGUCAGUCGAUCUGCAGUUCUUGACAUCUACACAAAGAUCAAGAGGGAACAACAAAAACUCUGGUCGGGUUCGCUUUCCCUCUCAGUGCAGUUCGUUUGUGUGAACACAAUAACCGGAUCAAUUCUAUGGUUCACAUUGGGUAGAAGUGUUUUGAACCAUACCACAAGCUUCAGCAUUGGACCAGGGAGGGAAUGGAUCAAGUUUACCAACACAACCAAAACCAUUUACAAAAGCAGGAUAGUUGACGCCAACCAGGCCUUUCUAAGGCUUUCUUGUCUCUUAUAGAAUGCAUUAACGUCCUUUAGCAUCUUAGAGAAGACACAGGGGGCUUUUGACCAACUCCAAGGUAAACCAAAGUCUAUAUUAUUCUGUCUUUAGAGAUGUUACACCAGCGGUGUCAGUUCUAUCGUUGGCAUUGUCCCACCCACAACACCACAAAACAGUGGUCCUCAACUGGUUUGGCUGCGGAACCCACCAUCGCCCCUUCAUGAUGAGCGGCGACCCAAAUUGUGCAAGUUUUCCCAACUCCAAUUUCUCAAAUAUCGUAUAUUUCAUGAAAAAAGACCAAGUUUGAAUUUGAAUUUUGUGUAUCGCAGUUAAGUGGUUCAUAACCGACCGUUAUAAGUAAAUUUCUGCUAAGUAGGAUUCCUUGUUUGUAAAUAGAAUAUGUAGUCAGAGCAUAGAAAACCUCUUUACGACCUUCCACAUGCGUUUUUUAUUAUUAGAGCCCACUAGACAUGAACACCGCUGUAGUCACCUUUACACUCCUAUUACCCAGUCGCCUAUAAAAGACAUAAAAGAUUUUUAGACACGAUAUAGACUCACACAUGUUAGCAUUGGAAGCGUUACAGAACUUCCUGCGGUAGCUAUUGUCUCAUCAAUUUAACAUUACUGACACCUAGUGCCCAGUGUAGAAUUGUACAUAUCAUCAUGUCGUUGAAUAAGUCUUCUGAAUGCCUUAUUUUGUAUUUUUAUUUAUUUAGCCAUUUUGUAUGUCUAAAAAUGCUACAUUUUAGGCAAGAAACCCGUAAGAGUUGCUUAAAUAUGCAUUUUUUUUUUACUAAUAAUUGGCCGUAUUCAACCACAAUACACUGAUGAUUUAUUCACUCAUAUUUUUUUAUUUGAAAUUUGCAGCGCAAAGUGGCGAGAGAUUACUGUAGAGUUCCAUUAUAGCGCGUACUUAUAGGACAUAGCAUACAAUAACGUCUCUGUGACAUUCAAUAUAAAGGAAAUACAGUUAAACAAAUGCGCUAGCUUGAUGCUCAUUUACACAUGCACAUGCCGAUUUCGAACUAUGACAAAUACACAACUUAGAUUCCACAUCAGCGUUGCAUACUUACAGGCAAACACUUUUUAAGGCUCAACAAGAGACGGGCUUGACACAUUCAACAUCGUACUGGCAGCAGACUACUAACAAACAUUGAUCUUCUAUGACAACAGGUUUCAAAUUGCACCACAGAGCGUUAUCGCCACCUUAAGGAGCAUUAAUAAACGAAAGCCCCUUCAGAAUAAAAGCACAAGAUUAUGUUCGUGCAGACCAGUUGAGAAUCACUGUUCUAAAGGGUCUCUCAAUCGUGAUUUGGUCUUUGCUGACAUCAAUUGACUUUCCAAAUGGAAGCCCCUUACAGAUGCCAAAGGUGUAACGUGCCAAGAGUUGAGGGAAAGCAAUUUAGGAUUGAAGUGUACUGUAUUCUAGUCCACACUCGAGCAGUUGUUACACAAAAGCAGAAAUGGAGAUGGGGUUUAUUACCUUUCAUCAUGAGUUUGUUUUUUUUCCUAAACUGUUCAUUCAGACACUGGUUGUUGAUCCAACUCUGGAAAGAGUCGUGUAUAUUUGCCAAAACUAUUUAUUGUACUUGCCUUAGAGGUAUCUGUCCGGUGUUAAACAGUAUUACCUGUUGCAGACUGAGCAUUUGGAUGGGUGAACAGACCAGCGACCAGUGACUUUGCAGGUUGUUGUCGGAGCACUGUAUCCUAGCUGAAGGCCAAAGCAUCCCAGUGACGGAACGCUUUCAACUCAUGGAAAAUACGAUUCCCCGUGGACAACAUUUGUUCGGUAUUUUUAACAUGAAACAGGAUGAAAAGGAAGCCAAACUUGGACUUGAAAUUGAUUUUCCAAGUUUCCACUCCAUGCGGAGUUACUGAUGGGACAGUCGCCACUGAAAAAGAACACGGACACACAAACCCCAGACAACACUAGGAUUCAAGCAUUUUGAGUCUCUUGUGGCUGUUUUAUAACAGUGUAACUUAUCAGAUACUGUUGAAUAAAAUACUGUUCAUACACUGAGACCUCAUAUUGCUGCUGUGAUCUCUGUCUGUGCCCCAUCAGUGUCAAUAUAACAUCAAUACAAUGUUGAUGUUUUACAAAGUGUGAUGAUAGAAAAUUCUAAAUAGUAAUCCCUCGUUCAUCGCGGUUCAAUGGUUCCAGAUAAGUGAUAAGUGGAUUUAUCACUAGUGCUUAGCAUGCUGGCCACACAGUCAGGAGAUCUGGGUUCGUAUCUUUGUUUGGCAUCUGUGUGGAGUUUGCAUGUUCUACAAACUGAUUGGCUAUCGACCAGUCCAGGGUGAACCCCGCCUCUCGCCCGAAUUCAUCUGGGAUAGGCUCCAGCAUACCCCCGCGACCCUAAUGAGGACAACAGUACAAAAUAUGAAUAAAUGACUUAAUUAAAUGAUUCCUUAUUUAUAAAUUGAAUAUUGAAAACCUGUUUACAACCUAAAUACAGUUUUUAACAUGAUGAGAGCCCUCUACACAUGAAAUAACACCCCUACACUUGUGUUACCCAAUAUAGUUAUCACACAUUAGCAUUGGGAGAGUUUUCUGGACAGCGUACUUCCUGCGCUGGCUGUUGUCUCAUAACAGUGUACGUCUUUGAAUGCCUUAUACAGUAUUUGUAUUUUCAUUCAUUUAGCCAUUUUUGUGCUCGAAAUUUCUUAAUUUAGGCCAAAAAUAUGUAAAAUUUGCUUAAAAUAUGCAUUUUUAUGCAUUUUUUUGCUCAUAAUAGGCUGUAAUCAACCACAAAACAGCAUUAAUCUUUUUUUUUUUUCCCCUGUCCUGUCCAGCCUUUAAAGCAGAUAGAAUUGUAGAUCUAAAUGCCGUCAGGUGCUCAACAGAUUUACUCUGCCAGGGAGAAGUGUGAUAUACAAUAAGGGGAUAAGAGGGGGACAAGACAAGGACAACAGCAGCAACAACAACAAUUGUGACAACAAGAACAGAACAACAGAAACAUACAGAACGACAUCAGCAAAUAAAUGUCUGUGACAACUAUAAAGACGAACAAGGACAUAAGGACAAAGGACAAAACAAUAUCAACAACCACAAUGACAACGCUGUCAAUGACAAUCACACAUAAUAGUAGUAAUGAAAUGAUGAACUAUGAUAGUGAUCACAAUGACAAUACUGCAUUGAAACAGUCACACAUAAUAGUAGUAAUGAAAUGAUUAUCUAUGAUAGUGAACAGAAUAAUAAUUACUGUAAUGCACAUCAUUGAAAAAAAACCCUGUGCAAUAAUCAUGUAAUCAGCAUCUUGUCAUAUCAAAGUUUUAGAAGAAAGCGUGGUGAGGGGCGGCAUGGGGCGUCAUCUCCCAGUCUGAAGGUUGCUGAUUCGAUCCUCCGUGACCUUUGGGCAAGAUGCUGAAUCCUGACGCUGUGUCAUCAGCAGGUAAAUGUGGUAGCAGUAUCAAAGCGCUUUCAGCACCUUGAAGGUAGAAAAUCACUAUACUAUGAAAGUCCAUUUAGCUUGCAUCAGGUACCAGCAGUACACGGGGUUAAGUGGAUGGAUAUGGAUCUGUUCAUGCUUGGAAGGGCGUCCUUACAGAAAAAAAAUCAUCUUGCAAAUUCAUACAAAAAGCAUUGUUCUUUUAUAAAUACCUCUUAGAAGUGGGAGUGGGUGCAUUUUUCCAUCCUACGGAGCAUUUCUUCUGGGAACCACAUUGUCUCAGAUUUGAACAUGAGACUCUUGGGAGUGUUUAUUCAGAAAUUUGUGCCUGCAUUCAAACACAGACAUUCUUUGAUGACAUCAACAAUACUGACGUAUGCAAACAUCCCGAAAUCUAAAUAGAUAGCGGAUUAGUAUAAACCUACGAAACAAUACGAAGAAACCCCAAGCCGGGCGCAUUCCAAUUUAUCACGGUAUCAUGUAAAUAAACUCAGCGGGAAACAAUGCAGUCAUCAUUGGCGGGGGCUGAUGCUCAAUGAUGUUGGUUUUGUUGUCGACACCCACUUUAAUCCACCACGGCUGGACCCACGGGACCGAAGCCGGAAACUACAAAGUCGGUGAGCACAAUACAAUCCCAGUAUCAUAAGUCACUAUCUAAACAAACACAUGGUAACGCACGGCCACUAUUUAUUCCAUCAGUCCUCCAGGAAAGAACCAGAGGGGUUUUGUUUCUUCAGAGACGUGUUUUAUAGACACAAAUUGAAAGAACCCUAGUUUACGAGGGUGGACCGAGCAGGUUCCCUCAAGGAGAGUUUUCCACAAGUCCUCCGUAGCCAGCCACUUGGCGGCAGGAAGGAUAUUCAAGCUUUUUCCCAGAGUUGACAGAAGAAUACAGGGAAGUGGGUUGACCCAGCAGUUUAACCAAAAAGAGGCACAAGGAAGUGCGAGAGUGCCAUGCAACUUUCAAUCUGCAGCUACCCUGUUGACCAGAGCUUGACGAGAUCGCUUGAUACAACGAUGCGGAACAUUUCUAUUACAGUAUCACUCCAUCACGUUUUUUAAAAAACAGACUAAUUAAUCAAUCAUGCUGCUUUGUGGACGAAUACGGCCUAGUAGGGGAAAAAUGCAUAUUUAAGCAAAUUGUACGUGUUUUUGCCUAAAUUAAGCAUUUUUAAGCAUAAAAACGGCUAAAUGAACUAAAAUACAAAUAAGGCAUUCAGAAGACACAUUCAAAGACAUUGUGAUGAUGUGUAGUAUUCUACACCGGUCACUAGGUGUCAAUAACGUUACAUUGACGAGACAAUAGCCACCACAGGAAGUACUGUACAGAAACCGGAAGUAAAAAAAGAACAAGGACAAUGUGAUUCUACCUUAUUUUGUCUUAUUUUCUCAUUGUUUGGCUUGUCUACUAUAUUGGGUAAUAGGAGCAUAAAGGUGACUGGGGUGUUAUUUCACGUCUAGAGGGCUCUAAUGUUAAAGAUCGUAAACGGGUUUUCUAAGUAAAUUACCUUUAUAAAUAAAACCUUUAUAAAUGAAUAAAGUGUCGGUUGACCUAUGCUAACAACUCAUACAGUAGCAUUCAAUUACCAAAUUACAACCUAAUCGUAUCUUAUGAGUCACGGCUCUUCAAAUAAGCACUAAUCAUUCAAAUGAACUGCAGGUCAUUCACAACAUAAUUACCCACUCAGGUUGAAGCUAAUUUAGCAUACAUUAAACAUGGACUAACACUAAAGUGCACAAAUGCAUGCUUGAAUUUAUGGACAGGCAUUUUUUUGUCCAUGAUAUUUCUGCACGUGGAAUAUAUGUUGUAUUAGAUUCAUAACUUUUCACACACGGUGGAUACCUGAUUACUGUAAAUGUCGAAGAGGGAUGUAAAUACCAAAACUAGGCAGGACAUUUAUUAUGACGGUCAGGAUAUUUUGACUGCUUUUCCUUCUGCAAUUCGAACAAUCAUAUGCAAUCUCUGGUAGGCCGUCCUUCCACACACAGUACAUUUCUACUAACUUGGUGGUCUGCUUCAACUCCCUACUCAGUGAUUUACUGUAAAGUCCCAACUGUCCAAAAUGAACUGUGGACCCUUAGAAGAAGUCGCUUCUCACAAGUCACCAAGCCCACACAAACACCCAGUUUCCCACAGCAAAAAAAACACAACAAAAAAAACCACAUUCUGAAGCACAUGACCCAUACAGGACAUCCUCCCAAUCUUCAAGUUCCCACUCUAGCACGAUAUUCCACCCUCCUUCCUACUUUUUAACCUCAUUUUCUGCUGCGUGAGCACCGGCGGAGGAGGUGGCUGGUUAGUGCAGGGGUGUCCAAACAUUCCGUAUUGAACUGAAUAUAAGAUGAUAGACACUCUUUCCCAAGUAAAAAAGUCUGAAAAAAAGGUGGCCCAAGUGAGUCAGAGCUUUUCUUCCCAUCACUCACACACCUUUGACCUACACAGAUGCAGCAUACAUGCUUGCCAAGUGUCUCAAAGGCUGAGAAGGGUGACUAAUGAAGCAGAGUUGUCAACUGUUGAGCAGCUAAGAAAUACUGUACACAGUAAUGCUGUUGUGUGGUCAAAUACGGCUCUUAUUAUUUUUAAAAAAGAGCAUAUUUAGGCUAAUUUUACUCCUUUUUUGCCUAAAUGAACAUCAAGCAUAAACAUGGCUAAAUGAACUAAAAUACAAAUACAAGACGACGCAUUCAAAGACCUUGUGAUAAUAUGUAGUAUUCUACACUGCUCACUAGGUGUCAGUAAUGUUACUGUAAUGUUGGGUAAGACACACAAGCACCAGACUUGAUCUUGCAGGUUGGAAUGAGCUCACAACAGGCACAAUAAUCCCUAACACGGGCUACUGUUAGCUAUAGCAAGCUAAAACUCACCUCUGAACCCCUGACGUCACUUCAUGUUCGCCCCUGACUCAGCUCCUCGAGCACGAGAACACUUUUACAGCAAACACACCAGCACAGGUUUUAAUUUAUGUCUUAAAUGUCUUAUUUUCUCUUAUGUCUACUAUAUUGGGUAAUACAAACGUAAAGGGUCUAGAGGGCAUAUCAUAGACGUGAGUAAUUGAUACGCCCACUUUUGACACUAAUAAAGCCUCGAUUAUGCUGCUGCACUGAAACACCACCGGUGGCGCAACCUCCCCCUCCAAAAACCUCCUGCUAGCUUGAUUAUUGACAUUCUCCUCUGAUGUUGUAUCAACAUUUGCAAUAAAAGUAACUGGUAUACAUAAUCAUUAGAUUUGAUUCAGCUUCAGACCCCCCCUCCGUCUCUCUUCAAUUGCCAUAGUUUGCUCGCGCUGAAGGAAAUGCGGGGAAGCACAAUCCAGGUGUACGCUCUAAAAUAUGCCUCACUCACUUAUUAAAUGCGUUUUAAAGUAUAAAAAUGUACAGGUACUCACCACUAAUGAGUGAUACUGAAAGAUGAUCGAUAGAACAGAUGGAAUCGGAGUCAUGUAAGUAGCCUUUAGCCUGGUUGUUAGGUUGUUACAACCACGCUUGUUUGCUGUGGCGCUGCCUCCAUCUCCUGUGGCUAGCGGUGGUCCGUGGCUCCCGGAGAGCUAUACUGUAUUAAACUUGUGUUCAACUCGCUGGAAAGAGUCGACUGUCGAAGCUAAUACUUACAAAGCCACACACGCUGUACAUUAUAUGCUUUAUUAUCAUCACGUAUUUAUCAUGUAUUACCAACUUAGGGUGAUGAGAGAGUUUUUUGCCUAUUUUCGAAGAAAAAACGUGUUUGGACAAAAAAAAAAUCCACAAAUGUAAAUCGCGAAUGCGCGGGGAUCCGCUGUUAUGCUGUCCUUGCGUUCGCUAUUCUCAUAUUUGUCUUCCCCUCCUCCGUUCUCCUUUCCCCCAGUGAACCCUGCAACCUCCUCUGUCUGACUCCCCCACUCAUCACACAGCUGCACUCAGUCACUUGCGUGAAAAACACACAACACACUCACAUGCACACUGAUGCCAUUCACUUCAGUGUAUUUUAUCAUCACACUAGCUGCAGGUCAUACUCGUGUCCCCCCCCCCCCCCCAAUUCUGGAUUGGUUUGUCAGCAACCAGCUUUUGUAUUUUUCACUCUACUGCUGUACUUUUUGAAAAUGUCAGCCGCUCUACUGAAAAUGUCAACAUUUCCCUUGCACAACCCCUUAUGUCUUAUAUAUGCUUACAAAAAGAUGCUGUCAGAGAUGAGAUGUCGUACAUUUCAUUUGGAAAGCGGGUCAUUGCCGUAGAGGAUUAGAAAGCAGACAAACAUGAAGAAACAAGGACAAGUCACUGGUUCAUGGAGACUCUGUCAGUUGGAGAGAAAAUGUUACUAACUUGCGUCGUGUGCAACCGACUUAUGUAGGAGUUAUGCACGUUACACAAACUCACUUGCAGGCUUCAGCUUCUCAGUUAGUGGAGAGCUCUGUGGCUCAUACGUUCCCUGUGUCUUGUGCCGAUUCCUCAACUUUGGUCUUCUCAUCCAAUCAGCUCCUUCCGUGCUCCUGUGUCCUGCUCAGAUGUUCCUACUUGUGGAAUGAGGCUGUGUACGUACGUAUAGACGGUAGUUCCCUUGUUUCCAUUCUUGUUCUUUUAUAUGCUGUUACUAUCAAUGUGCUUUUGAUAGGUUUGCUUUUUUCAAAUUAAAAUACAGUUUGUUUCACCUUUAUUUGGGUCCAUCAUGCCAAGAUGAUGCUUUUACCAUGACACUAAAAGGCCCACCAUCGACGAGAGAAAGAACAUUGAUUUCUGACCGCUGACAAAACUUUGAUUUUGCUUUGAUAUUUAAAUGAGAUCUAAUUUAUUUUUUGUUUUACACAUUUUUGACCUUGACUUAAGUAUGUUUGGAUGGUUAACAUAAUAGUAAUAAUAAUAAAAAUAAUAAUAAUAAUAAUAAUAAUAAUAACAAUACAGUAAUUUAUAAAUAGACAUUAGAAUUGUAAUUAUAAUAUAAAUAUUAGAAUUGCUUAUACACCGUACAUGCUUAUAAUUAUUAUUCAUUAUAAAUUAAGAAUAAUAUAUAGAUAAAUACAAAAUAUAUUAUAAAUUCUUAUUAUUGUUAUUGUUAUUGUUAUUAUUAUUAUCUACUAUUACAUCCGAUCCAUUUUGUAUGCCGCUUAUCCUCACUAGGGUCGUGGGUAUGCUGGAGCCUAUCCCAACUGACUUCAGGCGAGAGGUGGGGUACACCCUGGACUGGUCUAUUUUUUAUGUUUAUUUUUGCUGUUCGUUGUGUUCUCUUACUGGGAGCUAUGACGUUAAAGAACUCGAUAAGGUGAAUGUCGAGUCUUUUCAACAUGAGGUGGAGGAUGGACAUCGUCAAUGUGUCACACUCUGCAUCACUUGUUCAAUUCGUUUGUGUUGGUUCUCCUUAUUUCCUGUUUUAUACUCCUACUUUUGCUCGCGUUUCCUGUUUUGUGCUGUUUUCAGUCAUCUUCGCCUCUUUCUGAGGAGGCUGCCAGUCACAGCUGGCCCUCGUUUGUAAUUAGCUGGCUUCUUCAGGAGAGUGUGGUCUUUGUUGUUUGGUUGUUGGACUCUUGUGAUGGUAUGCAUUCCGCUGUCCCCCCCCGUCCCCAGUUCUUCCUUUUUUGCACUGUUGCUUUUUGUUAGUGUUUUGCAUGUUUGCACCUGGUUGUGCAGCAAUUAAAAACCCUUUU